AGAAAAGAAGCGGCGGCGGCGGCGGCGGAGGAGGGGGCGAGGAGGCGCGCGGCCCCCGCUCCCUCCCUCCGCCCCUGACCCCCGACCCCCGCCGGCCGGCCCCCCGCCCCAGCCCCGGAGGGAGCUCAUGGGAGUAUGAAGGAGAUGGUAGGAGGCUGCUGCGUAUGUUCGGACGAGAGGGGCUGGGCCGAGAACCCGCUGGUCUACUGCGAUGGGCACGCGUGCAGCGUGGCCGUCCACCAAGCUUGCUAUGGCAUCGUCCAGGUGCCCACGGGACCCUGGUUCUGCAGGAAGUGUGAAUCUCAGGAGCGAGCAGCCAGGGUGAGGUGUGAGCUGUGCCCACACAAAGAUGGGGCAUUGAAGAGGACAGACAAUGGAGGCUGGGCCCACGUGGUGUGUGCCCUCUACAUCCCAGAGGUGCAGUUUGCCAACGUGCUCACCAUGGAGCCCAUUGUGCUGCAGUACGUCCCCCACGAUCGCUUCAACAAGACCUGUUACAUCUGUGAGGAACAGGGCCGGGAGAGCAAAGCUGCCUCAGGAGCCUGCAUGACCUGUAACCGCCACGGGUGUCGACAGGCUUUUCAUGUCACCUGUGCCCAGAUGGCAGGCCUGCUGUGUGAGGAAGAAGUGCUGGAGGUGGACAAUGUCAAGUACUGCGGCUACUGCAAAUACCACUUCAGCAAGAUGAAGACAUCCCGGCACUCCAGCGGGGGAGGUGGCAGUGGCGGUGGUGGCAGCGGGGGAGGAGGAGGAGGCGGCAGCGGCAGCGGUGGUGGAGGUGGCGGCAGUGGUACCAGCGGUGGUGGAGGCAGUACAGGGGGAGGCAGCGGCGGCGGUGGCAGCAGUGGCAACAGCUUCCUCACUGGCAGCAGAAGCCGGUCCGCCUCACCAUCUACCCAGCAGGAGAAGCACCCUACCCACCAUGAGAAGGGCCAGAAGAAGAGUCGGAAGGAUAAAGAACGCCUUAAACAGAAGCACAAGAAGCGGCCUGAGUCCCCCCCCAGCAUCCUUACCCCGCCUGUGGUCCCCACUGCUGAUAAGGUCUCCUCAGCUACUGCUUCCUCCCACCACGAGGCUAACACUCAGGAGACCUCUGAGAGCAGCAGGGACUCAAAAGGGAAAAAGCCUUCCAGCCAUAGCCUGAGUCAUAAGGGGAAGAAACUGAGCAGCGGGAAAGGUGUGAGCAGUUUUACCUCCACCUCCUCUUCCUCCUCCUCUUCCUCUUCUUCCUCCUCCUCUGGGGGGUCUUUUCAGCCUGCAGGCUCAUCCUUGCAAAGCUCUCCUGAGUUCGCAGCGUUCCCCAAGCUGGAGCAACCCGAGGAAGACAAGCCCUCCAAGCCCACAGCCCCCACUCCGCCAGCCCCUCCCUCGCCCACGGUCCCCGAGCCGCCGAAAGCUGACCUCUUUGAACAGAAGGUGGUCUUCUCUGGCUUCGGGCCCAUCAUGCGCUUCUCUACCACCCCCUCCAGCUCCAGCCGGGCCCGAGCCCCCUCACCUGGGGACUAUAAGUCUUCCCAUGUUUCCGGGGCUGGGGCCUCGGCAGGCACGCAUAAGCGGAUGCCUGCACUGAGUGCCACCCUUGGACCUGCUGAGGAGGCCCCUGAGACGGGCCUGAAGGAGAAGAAGCACAAAGCCAGCAAGAGGAGCCGACAUGGGCCAGGGCGUCCUAAGGGUAGCCGAGGCAAGGAGGGUGCCACGGGCCCGACUGCCUCCCUCCCUGGGGCUCAGCUGGCUGGUUUUACUGCUUCCUCACCCUUCUCCGGAGGGUCCCUGGUCAGCUCUGGCCUUGGGGGUCUGGCCUCCCGGACCUUUGGGCCUUCAGGAAGCUUGCCCAGCCUGAGCCUGGAAUCCCCACUACUGGGGGCAGGAAUCUACACCAGUAAUAAAGACCCCAUCUCCCAUGGUGGAGGGAUGCUGCGGGCUGUCUGUAGCACCCCACUCUCUUCCAGCCUACUGGGGCCCCCAGGGACCUCAGCCUUGCCCCGCCUCAGCCGCUCCCCGUUCACCAGCACCCUCCCAUCCUCUUCUGCUUCCAUCUCCACCACUCAGGUGUUUUCUCUGGCUGGCUCCACCUUCAGUCUACCUUCUUCCCACAUCUUUGGAACCCCCAUGGGCACUGUUAACCCCCUCCUCACCCAAGCUGAGAACAACCACACAGAGCCAGACCUAGAAGACUGCAGCUUCCGGUGUCACGGGACCUCCCCCCAGGAGAGUCUCUCUUCCAUGUCACCCAUCAGUAGCCUCCCUGCACUUUUCGACCAGACAACAUCGGCCCCCUGUGGGGGUGGCCAGUUAGACACCACGGCCCCGGGGACGACUAAUAUGGAGCAGCUGCUCGAGAGGCAGGGCGAUGGAGAGGCUGGUGUCAACAUUGUGGAGAUGCUGAAGGCCCUGCAUGCCCUGCAGAAGGAAAACCAGCGGCUGCAGGAGCAGAUCCUGAGCCUGACAGCCAAGAAGGAGCGCCUCCAGAUCCUCAAUGUACAGCUCUCCGUGCCCUUCCCUGCCCUGCCCGCUGCCCUGCCAGCCACGAAUGGCCCCAUCCCAGGACCCUACGGGCUGCUUCCUCAAGCGGGCAGUAACGACUCCUUGAGCACCAGCAAGAGCCCUCCAGGGAAGAACAGCCUUGGCCUGGACAAUUCCCUGUCCACGUCUUCCGAGGGUGCUUGGAGGCUUAGGGGGCUUCGCUUCAGGAGAAUGCUGGACCCACACUCAGGCUGCCCGAGCCGCAGCAGCUCAUCGCUAUCCUUCCACAGCACGCCCCCACCGCUGUCCCUGCUCCAGCAGAGCCCUGCUACUCUGCCUCUGGCCCUGCCUGGGGCCCCUGCCUCGCUCCCACCCCAGCCACAGAAUGGGCUGGGCCGGGCACCUGGAGCAGCGGGGCUGGGGGCCAUGCCCAUGGCGGAGGGGCUGUUGGGUGGGCUGGCAGGUAGCGGGAGCCUGCCCCUCAAUGGGCUUCUGGGGGGGUUGAAUGGGGCUGCUGCUCCCAACCCUGCGGGCUUGAGCCAGGCUGGCGGGGCCCCCACGCUUCAGCUGCCAGGUUGUCUCAACAGCUUGACAGAGCAGCAGAGACACCUCCUUCAGCAGCAAGAACAGCAGCUCCAGCAGCUUCAGCAGCUCCUGGCCUCCCCGCAGCUGACCCCAGAGCACCAGACUGUGGUCUACCAGAUGAUCCAGCAGAUUCAGCAGAAACGGGAGCUGCAGCGGCUACAGAUGGCUGGGGGCUCCCAGCUGCCCAUGGCCAGUCUGCUGGCUGGCAGCUCCACCCCACUGCUGUCCGCGGGCACCCCUGGCCUGCUGCCCACAGCAUCAGCCCCACCCCUGCUGCCUGCUGGAGCCCUGGUGGCCCCUUCCCUCGGCAGCAAUACAAGUCUCAUGGCUGCAGCAGCUGCGGCUGCAGCAGUAGCAGCAGCAGGCGGACCUCCAGUCCUCACUGCCCAGACCAACCCCUUUCUCAGCCUGCCUGGGGCAGAUGCCAGUGGGAGCGGUCCCAAAGGAGGGACCGCUGACAAAGGAGCCUCAGCCAGCCAGGAAAAAGGCUAACUCCACCCUGCCCCUCCUGACCCCUACACGGCUUGAGGGUCCUUGUCUGGAAUGGGUUCCUAGGCCCAGACUCUGCAGAGCCAGGCCCAGAGCCUGUGCUGAUGCCCAGGGAGUGUGUGCCUGGAGUUCAGGUGCUGUGGAGAGAGAGAGACUGGAGGGAACCCUUCCACUUGGCCUGUUCCCUAUUGCACUGGCUGCUUCAGGAGAGAGGAUCAGGGGAAGACAGGCUCCAAGCCUGCCUAGGAACCCCCAUCCUCCACAGAUGCCUAGGGGCCCCCCAAAGAGCAAAGUAGGUCAUGGCAUAGGAAGUGGAGAGUUGGUUGGACCUACCGAAUAAACCAGUCAGCACUUGAAUGGGGAAGGUGAAGGGUGGGCCCUUGGGCCUAUCCCUGUGUGGAAAUUCCUCACGGAAAAAGGGCUGGUCCCAGUUGACCUUCAGUUUCUUCCCAGCAGAAGGUGUAUCCCUUUGACUGUUUCUCAUCAUCCCUUCCCACUGAGGGUCACAAGCUGAGCUUGGAAAAGCCCACAGAUGUGGGGGGCUGAGGAAGGGCAGGAUAGCACCUCUUGGGGCACCGUGAUGGGGCUGGGCGGGGCAGAGUCCUCGCUGUCCUUGGUGACCUGCCUCUUUUUGCACUAUUGGUUUGAGGAGUGUCGGGGGUGGGGAGAGGGGGCUGCCUGACUCCACAGAGCGUGCGUGCAUGGGUGUGCGUGUGCG